AUGGUAUCCCCAGCAAGCAACAUGACCCUUCCAACCGACGUGGCAGAGCGCUCUCAACCAGCCACAGAGGAGGCGCUUACAGGAGCAGGGGGCAUGGUAGCCGAAGUGGCAGGGGAUCUCCUUCGUUACGUCGCCGACAAUGGCACCACAGCUGGUUCCUUCCCUGCCACAGCUUCCACGAACAGAUCUUUAGGAGAUAAGUUUGACUCCAGGUUACAGUGGUAUGAAGACUAUAUUGUGGGGACGCUGCUGGUGACUGUCGGCGUGCUCUCCGUCCUGGGCAACGGGUCGAGCGUCGUCAUGUUCUGGCGGAGGCUGCGUUAUCUCACUCCGGCUGAGAUGCUGCUUCUCAACAUGGCCGUCAUACACUUGUUCUUGGCCGUCGCGUCAUACCCUGCGGCUAUGGUGUCUUCCUUCUCCCACCGCUGGCUCUUCGGCGAUCUGGGCUGUGCGAUGUACGGCUUUACGUGUUAUUUUGUCGGCAUUGCAACGAUCACUUCCCUCUUGGCACUGGCUGUCGUACGCUACAUGAAGACCUGUAUGCACUCGUACGGUCGAUCCCUGAGUACGGAUCACAUCAAAAUCAUUCUUAUCGGGAUCUACAUCUAUUCCCUCUUUUGGGCUCUGCUUCCCCUUACUUCCAUCGGCAGCUACGAGGUGGAACCGUUUGGGACUUCGUGUACACUUAACUGGGCCGAUCCUUCCAAUGCGGGCCGCUUGUACAUCAUAGCCGCCGUGCUCGUGGCUGUGAUCAUCCCCUGCUUGGUGAUCAUCUGGUGUUACGUCAAGAUCUUCCUGCUGGUGAGGAGGAACCAGAAGAAGAAGAUGAUGCUGGGGAAGAGAACGGGAGCGAGUCAGCCGUCGCAACUACAGAUGUCUUUGGUGUCGUGGUUAGUGUGCCUGGGAUUUAUCUUGGCGUGGAUUCCCUACGCCGUUGUCUCCAUCUACUUCGGGCUGGGAGGCCAUCCUGCGCCCCCCUAUGUGGCCAUUAUCCCUGUCCUGCUGGCCAAGUCUUCCUGCGCUUACAAUCCCAUUAUUUACAUCUUCGUCACGCCCAGAUACAGAUCCGAGAUACUGGACGUAGUGCGGCAUUGUUUUAGUGUCUUGUGCUGCACGGAUCCCAACCUUUCGGAAGGCAAAGCAUCAGGAGACGUGAGGCUGCAGAUCAUCGGCGUGGAGGCCAAGGAUUCGGCGGACUUUCAGCAAAGGCACAUCCCGAUGAUCUCCCAAGCCCCGGGGACGCAUACCUCCUCCAUGGAAGAGAACUCCGAGACUCCUAGUAUGUGCUCCGAAGCCCUCCUCCCCGACGGACAAAAGCCCUCGGAGACGUCCACCCUGCAGGACCCGCCGCAGGACCUUCCCAAUGGCCAUUCUUCCACCAUAGACCGAGAGAAAGAGGAAAGUCCCAAGGAGGACCUUCCCAAAGAGGAAGCUCAAGACGGGAGAAAGGAUAGGAACUCUACGGAUUUGUCUGCCGCGAGAGAGAGCAUCAUGGGCCAAACCGAAUGCAUGCUGUCGACAAUAGCCGUGAGACCGCCUACACGGGAAAGCCAAGCCACGACUCACUCUGUCUACACAACAGCCAUGUCUGGCCCGCGAGUCAAUUCAGUCGAACUCCCGUCAACUGCAGCGAUGAAGCCUGACCUGCUUGCAGCCUCUCUUCCAGCUUCUGAGUCAGCGACCAGUGGGAUCUCACCCUCCACUGUCGAGUCUCAAGGUACAGCUGUCUCCAACACGCCUUCUACCAACCUAGAGUCUCCCGUAAUACCCCAGACAGGAUCUCCGUCGGCGCCAACCCCGAACUCUUCCUCAGUCCGGCCGGUGCGUCCUACGGUCCUUCCGCUCUAG